UAAUGGCUUCUCAUCUGAUAGCACGCGAAUACCGAUUGAUUACCGCUCACCGCAAGGUUGCAAGUCUUUUUGCAGCUAGAAAAGCAAAAUUUGUGUUUCAAGACUUGGGUUGUCCGCAUAGAAUAUUGAGACAAUGUAUUUCAGAUGUACCGGACUGGAAUCAUCGACGGAUAGUGAAAAGAUUGCCCAUACCUCCAACAAUCGGUGGUUCUUUCAUAGGAGUUCACGAGCAAAAUCUUGCUACAACCCUUUCAGAGUGUGGAUUUGGAGCUGAAAUUAGUGUACGCGAUAAUUACAUAUAUAUAUCUGCCACUGAUGCUGAAGUGUUAAAGGAUACAAUCGAAAAAGUGUCACACAAAGUCAAGUUUCUUACAGAUCAAUCUCUGUCAAGUUUAAGAGUCUACGAAGUGCAAACAGACGAUGAUAGAUUUAUUCACGAUACGAUAACUAGGUUUGUCAUCGGAAAACAGGGACAUAAUUUGAGAAGAAUAUUGUCAGAAUUUGUACCCGAGCGCAUUGUUACGACUGAAGGCUGGAAAACUGGCUUUUUACAAGUGUAUGAUGAGUCUGACAUAGUGAACAAAGCAAUAGAAAAGGAAGUGGAAAACGUUAAGUUUCACAUCAGGAGGAGGCUAUUUUACACAGAAGUGUCCACCGAUGAUAAUCCUGGAAUGCACAAUCUGAUUUGUAGUGAAAUCACUGAUAAGGAAGGAGACCCAAUAAGAAUACAUUGUAAUAAGGCACAAUUGUAUAUAAAAAAAACUGGGGUUAUUGUUGUCUCUGGGUUUGAUCUAGAAAUGGUGAAGGCUGCAGUGGAAAUGACAACACAGGAAGUCACAAGAAUCAAAGAGGAAAUGGCCGACUUUUUCACAGAAAAGGUGUUGAUGGGGAACGAAACAGAUAUGUAUCCAAUGUUCUAUAGAAAGUUUAUUGGAAGAGAAGGGGAGAACAUCGAGAGAUUUAGGUCAGAGUUUGGAGACCGCUUACAUAUACAUUUUGAUGAUGUUGAGGGUAUAUAUGUUAGUGGGGCAGAUGCUGAAGAUGUGAAGAAUGCAGCAGAAAUGAUAGCACAGGAAUUCAAAGAGUUUAAAACAAUGUUGGACUCUAGCUUCACAGGAAAGGUGUUAACUGAUGAGGAGAGGAGGUUUCAUCGAAUGAUUUGUGGAAGGAUCUUCGGAAGAGCACAGAAAGUGGAAUAUAUUUUGGCAGAGGCUGAAAUGGAUUUAGUUGUGAAAAAGGAUAUAGAAGGAUUUAUACAGGUGUAUGGGUCUGAUGCUGAAGUGGUGGAGGAAAUAACAGAAGAGAUGACACGCGAAGUCCAAAACUUCCGAAAUGGAAUGGGACUAGGUUUCACUGAAAAGGUGUUGACCAACGAUGAUGCUGUCGUUCAUGGUAAGAUUUGUGGACAAAUCCUGGAAAGCGAGCGAGAACACCUCAACAGACUUAUUUCUGAGACAGCAAACUGUGUUAGAUUGCUUACCAAGGAAGUCGGGGUCAUACAUGUAUAUGGAGAUGAUGCUCAAGUGGUGAAGAACACAGUGGAGAGGAUAACACAAGAAGUUGAAAAAGUAACAUUGAUAAUUGGACCGGAUUGAAAAAGUAACAUUAUUAAUUAGACCGGCAUGAAAAAAUUAGAUUGAUAAUUAGACCUGAGUGAAAAAGUUGGAUUGAUAAUUGAUCCCGAGUGAAAAAGUAACAUUAAUAAUAAGACCCGAGUGAAAAAGUUGGAUUGAUAAUUAGACCUGAGUGAAAAAGUAACAUUGAUAAUUAGACCCGAGUGAAAAAGUUAAGAUUGAUAAUUAGACCUGAGUGAAAAAGUAACAAUAAUAAUUAGACCCGAAUGAAAAAAUUAGAUUGAUAAUUAGACCUAACCCCUCAUUUCUGAGGAAGAAUACGAAAGUUACAGAUUUUGUAUUAAUGAAAGCAUAAGUGUAUAGUACCUUCAAGUUGUUUAUUUCAUAUGCAUGCAAAGUACUAUUUGAAUGUACUGGAUAUCUAUAUGUAUUUACGUAGCCGACCUCUCCACAAACUUUCACAUAUUAUAGACCAUA